CCAGAAACUUCUAGAACAGGGGUCUGGAACCUGCGACUCGUUAACCACUCCAUUGUGGCUCUGUGGUUGAAGAAAAAUACAAUAUUUUUUUAUUUGAUAAAGUAACAUUUUUUGGAGUAGGCUUAUUGUUUGCUGCUAAAGCUUUUGUAAUUUCAUCCUGACAUUUUUUAUUAGACAAAAAACUGUGCUGUAAUGAAAAAAGCAUUUAAUUUACAAAGAGGUUUAAUCUGUUGUUAAGUCACAACUCAUUUCACUAUUUCUAGCCACAAGAAAGGUACAAGGGGUGAAAAUAUAUAUGAGUAUUCCUUCCCUUUGCUCCCUGUUGACUUAUGCAAGUCAUGUCUAUUGUUUUUGUUGAAUAAUUGAACACAAGAUUGGAAUAAUUUACACGUGCCAAAUGAAAUUAUGUUUCAAAAAACGCAUUUCAGAGAGUGAUGCCAUUGUUUUCGUACCUGAAAAAAGUAGCAACAACAAAUAAAGUGCUGCAGAAAACAUAUAUAUGAAUCCAAAGCAAAAGCAGGUAAAAGACUUAAUGUAUUUGAUGUACUUUUAUAUAACCCUGAUAAAGAAGAUGAUAUGUCCAGGAUGAUUCCCCAAAUUCUAAAAGAAUGAUAACAUAAAAAAACAGUUUUAAAGUUUCCAGUUUAAAAAAAAUAUAUUUCAAUGACAAACAAAGAAUUUGUUUUGAAGAAAAAAAAAAUCUUGCAAACAACGUGACAAUGAAAGACAAAUUCCUUGAAAAAAAAAUAAACUACAGCUAUAGAAUGAGCAUGAACAGAUUGUUGUGGUGUAACAGCUCCAUCUAGUGGAACUGUGUGGUAUUUACCAGAAUCUUCCUGAAUUCUCCGCCUCUCCUCCUGUCAGAGUAUAAAUGUGGGACAGAGUCACUGCUGAGACAGAACGAUACACAGAAGAGAAAAGACCAUUCAGCCAACAUUCAUCUGACAACACAAAGACUCCAGACUUGAGACUCUGAAGAUGCUGUGCUCUCGGGGACUUCACUCUGAUCUCAGUCCAUCCAUGCUCUUCUUUUCACCUGUACGCAGUCUGUGGCCAGAGGUCAGACCUCUGUUCUCCCAGCAGGAUCUGCUGCAGAGGAACCUGCAGGAGCUGCGCCGCAGUCUGGAGCUGAUGGACACAUUUCAGCACAACAUCCUGGAGGAGACGGAGCCUUUCCAGAGCAGUGUGGCCCUGCAACCAGUGAGCUUCCAGCUGGACAAAGACGGAAAGCACUUUGGCCUGACCCUGGACACUCAAGGCUUUUCUCCAGAGGAGCUGUCUGUCAGGCAGGUGGGCAAGAAGCUGAGAGUCAGCGGGAAGACAGAGAAGAAACAGGAGGACGGGAAAGGCUCCUACUCUUACAGACUCCAGGAGUUCAGACAGGAUUUGGAUCUGCCUGAAGGCCUGAACCCUGAAGCCGUCACCUGCUGCCUGUCUCCAGACGGAAAGCUCCACAUCCAGGCCCCCAAAGAGGAGGCUGACAGAGAGCUGACCAUCAAGAGGAGCUGGGAGGAGGAACCUCAGCAGAGAGAGGGUUCACAGACACAAGACAGCACAGCAAAGACUCACAACACACCAUAGAACCAACAGGAACACAUGGACUCACACACACAUUCAUGGGAAUAUACCAUCAGUUUUAGAUGAACACAAUUUUAACUACAUUAGUCUUUGUUGAUCAUUAAAAUGUCUGUAUUUUUUUAAUGUAUUAGCUAGUUUGGAUUGUUUGCUACAAACAUGUUCACUGAAAUGUCAGGGACAAAUGUGAAUGAACGUUCAAAUGCAACAAGACAUCAUCUUGUAAGAAAGUGACUUUUGUUUUUGGUCAUAUUUGUGCUUUUUUAAGUAAAAGUUGAGGAAAUAAAUGUUUCAAUUAAAAAUUGUUUAUUUCUGUGGAGUUUUUCUUUUACUUUCAUUAAUUAUAUCCACUUGAAAAGGUCUGCAAAUUUCCAAUCAAAUGCGAAAAAACUUUUACAUACUAAAAAUGUUUUUGUCCAAACGUUCUCAAAAAUGUAAAAAAAUUAAAAGUGAGAAAAAAAAAUACAUUACU